AUGGCGUCGCCAUUUCCGAUUCCGCCGGGUAGUCUUGUGAUCAAAGUAGAAGAUGAAAGGGAGAGUAAUGUACCCGGGCAUAUCACCACCGACCAAGAGCUGAGGGACAUGUUCACCAAGGACGUCCAGCGCCGGCUCGAGCUCAUCAGGAGGAGGAGGAGCCUGCAACCCUCUGGCAGUGCUCAGUUGCAGCCUCCCCCAGCCCCACCGGCGCAGCAAGCACCCCUGCCUCUCCCCCCACCGCCACCGCCACCGCCACCGCCUCCGCCUCCACCAGCGCAGCACCACCCAUGCACAAAGAGGCUGGCAAUCGGACCGCCUCCGGGGUUCGCGGGUGUUCACACGCCGCCGCUGAAGCAGUACCAACGCCGGCCACGAGGGCCGAAGGCGCCGGCGCAGCCACAACAACCAGCGCCGCUGAACGCCCACCCCGCCCCGGCCCCAUCCCCACCCAUGCUGAACGCACAAAGGGUGGGGCAGGCUCCGCAGCCAGCGGCGCCAGGCGCACAUGGCGCCGCCGCCACGGCCGUGCCGCCAGUGCACGCCACCAGCCCCAGCGCCGUGCCCGGGCUCCAGCUCCAGCAAAGGACGACGCCCAAGCCACGUCACCCAGCGGCGAAGAAGAAGCCCACCGUGCCGUGCACCUUCUGCGGCGUGCUUUGCAUGACGGCGUGGAACCUGAAGCAGCACGAGCAGGGGCGGAAGCACCGGAACCGGGUGGCUUACCUCGCCGGGGAGAUGAACGUGCGGUGCAAGGUGUGCGACGUGCACCUCUCCAGCGGGCUCAACGUCGAGCAGCACAACGCCGGGAAGCAGCACCGCCUGCGACUCAAACUCAACAGAGGAGCCUGA